GGUGAGAGGGCAGGACGCAGAGAAUGAGGGGAGUGGGAACCUUAUCCUGGAAUAGCCAGAACCAGAGCUGCAGGCUCCACCCUUGUCAACCCUCCCCUCUCUCUCUCCCCCUCUCUCUCUCUCUCUCGCUCGCUGUCUCUCGCCCGCUCGCUCUCCGAUGCAGUCUCCCAGUCUGUCAUUUGACCAGGCAGUUCACAGAGGCGAGAGCCGAGCACCAAAACGAAAACAGGAAAAACAGAGGGACCCGAGGGAAGCGAUAGGAUUUGCUGGAGGGUUUUCUUGGCUGUUUGUCACUCGCUGAACAAUCCUGGGAGUGUGGAUUUUCUUCUUGGCUGCCGCUUUUGUGGACUCCUCUACUCCAUUGUGGGCUUUAACUCUGUCUGCAGUCAGCUGAGGAGGAGGAGGAGGAUCCGCUGACACCUUUUUGGGGAUUCGGUGCUCUACUACUGCGAAGGUGAGACAGGGAGAGUGAGGGAGAUAGAGAGACAGAGCAGGAGAGAGAGAGAGCGAGCGAGCGAGCGAGCGAGCGAACGGGCCAUGUCCACCUCUGCACAUGGUUCAGCACCAUGAAAGGGGGCCACCAUCACCAGCGCCACCACCGAGGCUGCGGCUGCCAACACUUGUUCCGCAAAGUCCUGGCCAAGUGUGGCUGCUGCUAUGCCCGGGUCCGAGACUCGUACUCGGCCGCGGGCAGCGAGGGCAGCAUCUCCACCUCCGUGGCGUCGCUGCCCCCCGCGGCGUCGGGCAGCUCGGCCCCCAGCUCCCCGGGCUCCAGGCGCUCCGUCAGCACCCUGAAGAAGUGGCUCACCAACCCCGUCCGCAAGCUCAGCGCCGGCGCCGCCGCCAAGGGGGAGCGCCAGGUCCGCAAACUGGAGGGGAGGCCGCCGCCGCUCCUGUCCCAGAGCCACAGCCAUGACCUCGGCAGCCCCCCGAGGCCCGACGAGGGUCCCACGCACAGAGAAGGGGAGUGGAAGGACGGCCUCGCGAGCCCCGAGGACCUGUCGCCGGCCACGCUGCAGUCUCCCAGCUACGUCACGGACUCGCUGAUCGGCUGCACGUCGCUGCCAAACAACCAGGACACGCAGUCCAACAGCAUUCUGCCAGACGACUAUGGCUCCGUGUUGACGGACGACACCUCCAGCCAAUGGUCGGCGGCGGCUGACACCGAGGAGGAGAGGAGAAGUGCCUUGGAGAAAAGCAUGUAUGUGCUGAAGGAGCUUAUUGAGACGGAGAAGCACUACGUGGUGGACCUGGGAUACAUAGUGGAGGGAUACAUGGGCACGAUGAGCGCCAAAGGCAUCCCAGAGGACAUGAAGGGAAAGGACAAGAUCGUCUUCGGGAACAUUCACCAAAUAUUUGACUGGCACAAAGACUACUUCCUGGGGGAGCUGGAGAAGUGCUUGGCAGAGCCAGAGAGGCUGGCUCAGCUCUUCAUUAAACAUGAAAGGCGUCUGCACAUGUACGUUGUCUACUGUCAGAACAAACCCAAGUCGGAACAUAUCGUCUCAGAGUACAUCGAAACCUACUUUGAGGAGUUGCGACAGCAGCUGCGCCACAGGCUGCAACUUAACGACCUGCUCAUCAAACCUGUCCAGAGGAUCAUGAAGUACCAGCUGCUGCUCAAGGACUUCCUGAAGUAUUACACCAAAGCUGGGAUGGACACAGAGGACUUGGAGAAAGCAGUAGAAGUCAUGUGCUUUGUUCCAAAACGCUGCAAUGACAUGAUGAAUGUGGGCCGACUACAAGGCUUCGAGGGGAAGAUCACAGCUCAGGGCAAACUGCUGCAGCAGGACACCUUCACCGUCACCGAGCAGGACAGCGGCUUCCUGUCGCGAGCCAAGGAGCGCCGGGUCUUCCUGUUCGAGCAGCUGGUGAUCUUCAGCGAGCCCAUUGACAGGAAGAAAGGCUUCUCGCUCCCCGGAUACACCUUCAAGAACAGCAUCAAGGUGAGCUGCCUCGGCGUGGAGCCCACGGUGGACGGCGACGACGCGCGCUUCGCUCUGACCUCGCGGAACCCCGACGGCAGCGUGGUGCGCUUCCAGCUGCAGGCCGCCUCCGCUGACACCUGCAGGGCCUGGGUCAACGACGUGGUCCAGAUCCUGGAGACCCAGCGGAACUUCCUCAACGCCUUACAGUCGCCCAUCGAAUACCAGCGGCGAGAGAGCAAGUCCAACAGCCUGGGCCGCAGCAUGAGGCCCCCGCUGUCGGCCGCCAGCGCCCUGCGGCCCCACUCCUCCGCCUCCAUCGACCGCCACAAGCUGCCCUCCCUGCACUCGCACAACGCCUCGCUGCCCGCGCUCUACCUGCCCAGCCACGGCCAGGGCCAGGGGGCCAGCGAGCCGUACUCCCUGCGGGAUCCCGUCCAGCCGUGUCCUGCCGCCGCGUCCCUGUCACACGUCCAGCUGGGCUUCACGGACCAGCCGGGCCGUCCGGCCGUGUCCAACGGGCUGUACGCGCCGGCUACGCAAAGCGCACAGCAGAGAGCAGGAGAGGGCUGCCGACGGACUCAGGCCGCUGAUACUGGGAGCCAGCCCUUACUGGGCCCCUCCGCCGGCCGACGCCCCAGCAACCUGGCUCAGCUGAACGAGGACGACCUAUGAACCCUGACGCCCCCUGGGGACGGGGGGACGGCAGCUGCUUCCACCGCCGUGGAGACAGGCAGACCUGUUUACUCUCUGCGUGCCAGGCGGAACUAUGGCUGCCUGGCUCAACUCUGACGUCUGCAGAACAAUGAAGGAACGCGUGAAGGGAAUACGAGCUCUGUCAGUGUGCGUGAGCAGCACCCGAUGAGACGUGACUGGGCUCCGAGCGGGAACUUUCUGACCGCUGUGCUUUUUACCUUUUUCAAGAGUUUGGAUGCCACACUCUUCUCCGCUGCAAAGGGCAAGGGGGGUUUGUUUGAUGAAGAAAUAUCCAUUCCUAAUUGGGGCGGUCACUGGAGUCGUGUGUGAGCCUGAAUGUGCGUUCAUGUGAUAGCGUAUGAGUGUGUUCAAGUUUUAUCCUUGUCCCGACGCCCCGUUGUGAAGACAAAUCAUUCCUCCUCCGACAGCUGUUUGUGCCGACAAGCGCGGCGGAACAUUUUGAUGUGAACACUAGGAUUUCAUGUGAGAGCGAAGAACUUUAUUUCCUGCCACACUGCUGAGGGCGCGUGCUCUCUUAUUCUGUUUGACUCGCCCCCCUUUGAUCCAGACAAAAAAGGUGUGAGGGAGCCCCCUGGAGGUUCUCUGUGGGUAUGACGUCACUGCGCCAUACUUUCUUCUCUUCGGGAAACUCCGUGGGUGCAUUCAGGAGACCUGCGCUGACCCAAAGCGACGCAUGCAUCUCCUCAUCAAACGUCUUCAUAUCAAGCCAGUUCUAGUUUCUCCUUCUCCUUCUUUGUUGUCCUCAAAAUGCAUCGGUUUAGGCCAGUAUUCAGUGUUUCACUCAUCGUCAAAGCUGUGCACCCGUUCUAUAAUCUCUCGCGGGUUUCUUCCUCUUGGAUUAAAUAUUGUAAAGUACGGGCGACAAAGGCAAACAUGCAGCACAUCUCCAGCCUUCCAGCUGCUUAAAACGAAGGGCGACUUCUUCCAGUGCUUUCAAAUGUGCAUGCAGCCUUUUCCCCAGACAACAGUGCCAAACACAUCCACUCUCCGCUCAGACGUUUCAUGCACCUAAUACACAGCUAGUUAUCUCUGCGUUACUGGGUUAUAUUCCAAGUGACAAAAAGAACAGAGACACCGGUAACGGGCCAUGAGCAUCAGGUUAGUUCUUCCAUGUGGCCAGUAGAGGUCCCCACAAGGCUUUCCCUUCAGUUUAGCUGGCUCGUACAGCUUCACCAAAGAUCAAGAGGCCUCACCUUCAUUACCGUGAUCACAACGAAGCAGCUUGAUAAUUUUGCCCCAAAAUCCACAAUCCUUCAAAGCAAACUGCAAUCUGAAGCGUUUGACAGAAUUCUUCUGCAGUUACUGCGAACUGGUGAGCCUUCGAGGCAGUUUUGCAUGUAACGUAUGGCUGAAGGAGCACCAACCACUGCAGAGAGCCAGAAGCAAGGACACGGAGCCCAGUGAGGCCUGGUUAAUGCCAAUUUUGACUGAGUAGGAACUGUAUCAUAUCAAAUAAAAAAUGUGUCUUUUUGAAAAGGAA